AUGCGUCGGAGGGCCGCGCGGAGCCAGAGCGCGGGCAGCUGGCUGCCGGCGCUCUGCCUGGUCUGGCUGUGGACCCUUCUGGCCUCGGCUUCCCUGCCGCCUCCGGCCCCCACAGCCCCCGGGAGGCAGGGCAGCUGCGAGGUGACGGCCUCUCACCGCUGCUGCAACCGGCACCGCGUGGAGGAGCGCUCCCAGACCGUCAGGUGCUCCUGCGCGUCCGGCCAGGUGGCCGGCACCACGCGGGCAAAGCCCUCCUGCGUGGACGCCUCCAUCGUCCGGCAGAGGUGGUGGUGCCAGAUGGAGCCCUGCCUGUCCGGGGAGGAGUGCAGGGAGCUGCCGGAUCUGUCCGGGUGGAGCUGCAGCCGCGGACACAAGGUCAAAACCACCAAGGUGACACGAUAG